CUGGUGUAGUAAUGUUAUUUGUGGGCUUAACAUUUCGAGCCAUUCAUAAAAAUAAUCCAAAGUAGAAACCUUUUUAAAUGUUUGCCUAAAAGUGGUCUCUAACCAUUAUAUAAUCUGCUGGAAUAAUUUGUCAAAACACAUAUUUGUGGAAACUUUAUAUAGUAUUUGUGAAUCACAUAAAAGUGUGGUUUGAAAACAAUUUUACUUUCCGUUUUUUGUAAUGGAAAAAAUUGGUUUGGUCUGAUCUUUUAGUGCCAAUCAGAUAAACUCGCAAUCUUUCCAAAAGCAACACCAUACAACAGAAAAAGCAGCAGCAACUUUUAGUUUUCGAGCAGAUUUUUGUUAAAUAUUCCUGAAAUAUCGGAGAGGUAAUAAAUCUGGUUUAACUCCAGCAGACACAGAAAGAUGCAGCAAGUGGAUUGUGAUGAUCAGACUGGAAAAUCGGCAGCCCACUGAAGACAUGCAUUUGUGUAUUAUUUAUAUGUAUGAUUUAUUAUGAUCAAAUUUUGAUUUGCAGUUAGUUCAAUUUGUCUCCCCAUGUUCUGAACCUGAUUAAGUGCAAUUCUAAGGGAAUUGUAAGUGAAAAUGGAGAUUAAUAUCAUUUGAUAUGAAAAAAAAAAAUUAUGAAAACGUAUUGUAUCAUAUCGGCCAUCCCUAGCCUGUUAUCAAAAUUGAUUUACACAGAAUUCUUUUACAUCCUGUCACUAGACAUUACAGCAUUCGUAGGUUAAGGAUAAAACUCUCACCUUUGAUAUGAUUAGGAAGCAAUCUUUGCCAGGAAUUUCCCAUACAUCAGUCCUGUGUACAUGACCAGCCAGAAAAUACCUGUGUGCAUCUAAACCUUUAUAAACUUUAAACUGUGCACGCCUGCAUCGAGAUGUGUGAACUAGACAGUUGCCGAUGUCAUAAUACUUCAGGUCGCGAUGUUGCGCAGCUGCAACACUGCAGAGGUAUGAAAAGCUGUAACAAGUAUGGAUCACAUAUGCCAAACUUGAGUUUCUCUUCAUUUUUAGUGUUACUUGAGAUUUACAAGUCAUCUAAAACACUAGUUAAAGGAAGAUCACCAUCAACCGCAGGUGUGUCACUAUUGCAAUUGAUUUUUUUUAACAGACAAAAAGGUGGGUUAGGGCCUUCGAUCAAUCAUCUUGUCCCUGGGCACGAGCAAGACGCGGGGCAGGCCUGUCUUUGCACUGUGGCAGUAUCGUAGCCAAUGAGGUUUAACUCAUUGCUAGUUGAAAACUUAACCCAAUACCCAUUUGGCUUUGGCAGUUUUUGAUGGUCUCUUUUGAGGGGGAGGGACCAUGUGUUUAUUUAAGAAGCAGUGCCCAUGUUUGGGAAAAAAAUGCUGGUUUAAUUCUCAGUGGAGUGAUUUUACCAUCAGGCCCUUCAGCAAGGUCCUUAACCCCCAGUUGCUCCAGGGACUGGCUGAGACUGCUUUCUCAACUGGUACCAACUGGGUAAAAGUGUCUACUGAGUAGGCCUAAAUAUUGUAGGUAUCAGCAUGCUGCCAACAAACCCAGCACCAGAGAUCUGAAGACAGCAGACUCUUAGAUACAUUUGAUGUGCAUAUCAGCUCUUAAGUUUUGAAAUGCAACAAGUAGGACAUAAAAGUGUAUAAUUGCUUUUACUUCUUGUUUUUCGGAACAUGUUCACUUUUACCCCUACGGCUCAUCCCAUCAGAUGGUGUCGUCGGUGUCUCUCAUGAAGGACUUGUUACGGAGAGGCUUGCUGUAAACCUUGGAGCAUAACAUCUGGUGUACUUAUGUUAUUCUGGCUCACAUCAAUUUUCACUUUUUUUAAUUUAAAUCCAUAAAGACCAAAUAGAAGAUGUUCUGGAUUUCAUUCCAAGCGUAACACUUUACUUGACGGGGCACAAAUAUAGUAUUAUGCUAUUACGUAUGUAUUAACCAUAAAGUAAGUCUUAGUUACUGAUCUCAUGUUAAUAUAUCAUUAUUGAACCGUGACGCAUCUUUUAUCUCAAGCAAUUACUAUUUUUCUUAUUAUAUCUGUUAAUUCUGUAAAACCCUUGUUAACUGAAGGAACACGUCAUGAAUAACAAGUUAAAUACUGGUCUCAUGUUUGUUCAUCAUUAAUGAAUAGUGAUGCAUCUUUUAUCUGAAGUAGCUACUGUAUUUGUUCAUGAUUUCUACUUCAGUAGUAACGGAGUAAAGUAUUUGUGCCCAGUCAAGUAAAGUGUUACCAUUCCAAAUUUAAUAUGGUAGUGGUAAAUGUAGCAAUCAUACAAAGUGAAAUUUUACUCAUUUGCAUGCAUUUUCACCAAAAUCCUUCAGUAUUUUUAAAUGGAGCUGUUUAAAUAAUAUUUUGCUGGUACUGGUUUCCAGAUUUUGAUGGUGACAUGCUGGCCUUGGAUAAACAAAGGCUGACAUGUGACGUCUGUGAAUCGCGCCCCUCUGUGAUGCAUGCACAGAGGAGCGUUCUGCCGCACUAAGCCUAUACACACGGGCUCUUUGUGUACGAUCAUGCAGGAAAAGUGAUGUAAUGCUUGGUACAAGGAGGGAAGGGAGUGAAACCUAAAUCUCCGAACAACAGCAGACGGACAGUCACUGCAUCCACACUCAGCUACCUGGCAGAUCCCAGCCUCAGGAUGUUUCCACACAGGCAACUGGGGGUCGUUGUGGCAGCCGUCCUGUUCUUCGGUCUUUCGUCGGCCUCUGAAGGAUUAGGUGGAAAAACCCUUCUGUUUCCCUACGAGACCGACUACAGCUAUGUCAAACUAGUGCCCCAGAAACCCUUGCAGCUGCAAGCCUUCACGCUGUGCAUGACGCUGGCCACAGAGCUGGAUGGCGAGCGGGAGAUCAUCCUCUUCGCCUAUCGCACCAAGGACUUUGACGAGCUGAACGUGUGGCGUGAGAAGGACGGCCGUCUGUCCUUCUACCUCAGUGGGGACGGCGUGUUCUUUAACAUGCCCCCACUCAGCACCUUCAAGACGAACGUGUGCGUCACCUGGAAUUCCACCACAGGCCUGUCUGCGUUUUGGAUGGAUGGGAAGAGAAGUGCGCGGCAGGUGUACAAACCAGGGCAUACAAUUAGUGCCCAAGGCACCGUGAUUCUGGGUCAGGACCCUGACGCCUUCCUGGGAGAGUACGAAGCCUAUCAGAGUUUCAUCGGUGAAAUUUCAAAUGUUAAUAUGUGGGACUAUGUCCUCUCUGACAGCGAUAUCCAGGCCUUGCACUGUGAUUGCUCUAUCCCUAAAGGAAAUAUUUUUGACUGGAAUACUGUUCAAUAUGAAAUUAACGGGAAUGUCUUAAUCAUACCUGAUGGCCAGAGUAAUACAGUACCCAACAUGGGGUUGUGCUAGAAAUGUUCACAAUAUUGACAUUUACAGCAAAUGUACUCAGUGUUUCAAAAUGGCAUGCUUCACACAUGAAAACAAUGUAUAAAUAUGUAAAUGAUUAAAUGUUAACACAAGAGUAACAAUUAAACAUCAGUAAUUAAUCAUU